AAAAUGUUUCCAUUACCCUAAUUCCCAUCGCAAUAGCAUCUAUUCGCGUAGAAUCGAAAAUGGAUGAGGAAGAGCACGAGGUUUACGGAGGAGAGAUUCCAGACGUGGGAGAGAUGGAAGGAGACAUCGACAUGUCCACCGCCGACGACGAAGCCGCUGGUGUGAAACAGCUCGGCGAUAUGGACCUCGACGAGAUGAGGCGACGAUUGAAAGAAAUGGAAGACGAAGCUGCUGCCCUUCGCGAGAUGCAUGCUAAAGUCGAGAAGGAAAUUGGCUCCGUUCAAGAUCCUGCUGCUGUAGCUGCUUCUCAGGCAAACAAGGAGGAGACAGAUGCUCGCUCUGUUUUUGUUGGCAAUGUUGAUUAUGCAUGCACACCAGAGGAAGUGCAGCAACACUUUCAGUCAUGUGGUACAGUCAACAGGGUCACAAUCCUGACAGACAAGUUUGGUCAGCCUAAAGGUUUUGCUUAUGUGGAAUUUGUUGAAACUGAAGCUGUUCAAGAGGCUCUCCUGUUAACCGAAUCUGAAUUGCAUGGCCGUCAAUUGAAAGUUCUGCCUAAGAGGACCAAUGUUCCUGGAAUGAAACAAUAUCGUCCUAGGCGAUUCAAUCCUUACAUGGCUUAUGGCUUCAGGAGGCCUUAUCCUCCUCCUUACAUGUACUCCCCUUAUGGAUAUGGGAAGGCUCCUAGGUAUAGAAGGGCAACUCGUUACAUGCCAUACUAUUAGGUGUGCAUAUGGAAUGGUCUUCCAGAUUUGAUGAUCAAGUACAUUUAGCUAUACUAGCCUUCGUCAGCAUUAUACUGUGAUCAAGUACAUUUAUUGGUCUUGUAUGAUUCUUGCUCAGUUUCUUGAAGAUAUAGUUUUUGCCUUUGAAUUUUAUGUCAGUGACUAUAUACUACAGCAAGGUCAGUUUGUAGUUUAUACUUGACCAACGUUAUAUGCUGUGCAGUGUGCAGUAAACACAUCCCGCCUCUUCAACUGUCCAGUGAUACCAAAAUUCGAUUAUAUGACUGUUGAUGAAAUUUAUAUCAUCAUAUCAGAAAUAAAAUGGAGUAUUUUGGGUUA